AUGGUCGACACCAUCCCUUCUCCUGCUGGAGCCGGCGAACAGUCAGCACAAGAGACACAGUCCCAUCGUAGACGCAAAUCCUACACCCAAGGCCUGCUGCUCCUCCUCAUCGUCGUCGUUCUCUGGACAGCAUCCAACUUUCUCACCAACGCACUACUCACCACAGGUGGAUACGACAAACCCUUCUUCGUAACCUACGCAAACACCUCAUCGUUUGCGCUUUACCUGGUACCGUAUCUGCUCAGCAGCAGGUUGCGCAAGAGAUGGAGUAAUGCUUCAGCCGACCCCAAGAGGUAUACGAGGCUAUCGCAGGAUGUGGAGGGAGAAACGAGAGGACAAGAGGAAGAGAUGAUGGAAGAUGAUAAGGACGAGAUCCCGAAGUGGUUGAAGACGUUGGGAUUCGAUGUGCCUACUGUCACCGCAGAAGAGCAGGUAACAGCACCAGCAGAGGCGACGCAGAUCGUCAAACCCUUCGCCUUAUUGGCUGAAGAACAACAGCAAAGAGGUCGUGUCGGCAAUAAACCUUCUUCGACCAGUGUCAAACACAAACCAAUCCGACUCACCACCUCCCUCCAACAGCCUACCCAGUCAGAUUCUUCAACAGCAUCAACACCUCUCCUCGCAAGCACACCACCCGUUUCACGGCCAAGCUCACCCGUCCGUCCUUUCCUCGUAUCCACCUCCGUCCCACGUCCAUCCUCCAUCGACGGACGAAGACCGCGAACUUCGAUCAGCAUCGUCCGUCCCACCGAUUCCACCCCAAUCUUGCCGGCAACAGCUGUGACGUUGCCACCGUUGACAUUGAGGGAGACCGCCAUCUUGGCGUCCCAGUUCACGCUGGUGUGGUUCGGAGCGAAUUGGGCGAUCAACGCAGGGUUGGGAUUGACGAGCGUUGCGAGCGGGACGACAAUUGGAUCUGCGAGUGGAUUCUUCACCCUGGCGUUGGGUGCUAUGGUUGGCGUUGAUAGGUUUACAUUACCUCGCUUGGGUGCUGUUUGCAUCUCCGCAUUGGGUGUUGCCGCGGUCACUUUUGCUGAUCGAGAUACAGCCACCAACAGCAUCGUACCUUCUUCCGAGGCGAUCCUCGAUGGGUUGUGGAAACGUUCUUUGCCCUCUACAUCCAGCAUCAAUGUAUUCGGCAAACCACCAAAUGCACCGCUUGGCGACCUUCUAGCUCUCCUAUCCGCCUUCCUCUAUUCGCUCUACGUCAUGCUGCUCAAGACCCGCAUCGGCUCGGAAGAUCGCAUCUCCAUGCCUCUCAUGUUCGGCAUCGUCGGCACCAUCAACAUCGUCUGCCUCUGGCCCAUCCUACCCGUCCUCCACUACACCGGCAUCGAACCCUUCUCCUUACCCCCGUCACCCUCCAUCUGGGCCGGCAUAGUCGUCAACAUGUGCAUCACCUUCAUCAGCGACUUUAUCUACCUGCUGGCCAUGUUGAAGAGUUCGCCGUUGAUCACGACGUUGGGGUUGAGUCUGACAAUUCCGUUGGCGGUGGUGAUCGACGGCUUGAAGGGGAGUCAUACGGGUGGGGUGGUGAGUGUGAUGGGGAGCGGAGCGGUGUUGUGUAGCUUUGGCUUUAUUGGAUGGGAUGAUAGGAGGUUGUUCAGGGAGGAGAGGGAGAAAGCGAGGGUGCAGCAGGUGGGGCGCCCAGAAGAGGUGUGUACCAAUGACGAUUCGGAUCUGCGUGGAGCGGAGGGGAGAGCGGAGGUGGAUAGGAUUCAUAAGAACUCGAUACAGGGUACGAGCCGAGAUUCAUCCGCCAUCACUAUCGACUCUUUGCACGAUUCGGACUGA